CCACGCUUGAUGAUUGAUGUUUGUCUAAACACUUUACAAGGCUGGCAUUACAUUUGUACGGCAAAUAAUAUUAGGCCAACGACUGCGGUUAAUCUUAAAAUUUGAUCGAACAACAAGUCGUCGUCGGCUACCGGCACUUCGUGACGUCACUACGCGCUCUCCCACCUUUGUGAAUAAAUUGCCACGGCUCGCGGCUUCUCGUCCUCACUUCCUCGCGGCUCGCCGGCACCGUAUGGUCUUGUGCUUCGUCUCGACUCUACUACAGGUUAUUUGCAAAUUAAUUAUGGCGGAGAACAAGGAACGCACCUUCAUCAUGGUUAAGCCGGACGGCGUGCAGCGUGGUUUAGUCGGCAAGAUCAUUCAACGAUUCGAAGAGAAGGGUUUCAAAUUGGUGGCUAUGAAAAUGCUAUGGCCUUCCGAAGAUCUCUUGAAGCAACACUAUGCUGAUCUGUCAUCAAGACCCUUCUUCCCAGGUUUAGUCAAAUACAUGAGCUCGGGACCAGUUGUACCCAUGGUCUGGGAGGGCUUGAACGUUGUAAAAACUGGUCGCGUGAUGUUGGGCGAGACAAAUCCCAAGGACUCUGCACCAGGCACUAUUCGAGGUGAUUUUUGCAUACAAGUCGGACGUAACAUCAUCCAUGGAUCUGAUUCUGUUGAGUCAGCUAAAAAGGAGAUAGGCCUGUGGUUUGGCGAGAAAGAAGUAGUCGAUUGGACGUACGCGUCUGAAAAAUGGAUCUACGAAUAAGAAUUUGUGACGGAGUCUAGGUUUUUCAGAAGAUACCGUUUCUCCACAAGCAUUGCCUUAGAGAAUCUUCCCAAACCUACUGCCAGUACGUAAGCGGGUCGAAUCGUUGCAACAGAGCUGAGGUUCGAAAAAAAACAAACUUUGUGACAUUUAUAACAAGUACAAAUAAACAGUUGUCAAACCUUCUCAAACUUUUGAAGUAUAAAAUUAAUGUUAUGUGUGCGGGAUGAAAAGAUCUGAGCUAUUGAAAUAACCCAAAUAUAAAAGACAUUGUAAUAAUAUGUAUAAAAAACAGACACAGCUUUUAUCAGAAUUAAGAAACUGAUUAAAAAUAGAAAUCUAUUAUGUAUCAAUGAGAGCAAGUCUUAAAUCAACACAAAACUGAAACUUGCAAGAAAUACGUAAACAGUAAAUUAAUUACCAGAGUUUAUAAGGAAGGAAAGACAUGAAAGCAUAACUGCCAAAUCUUACAAAAAGACCCGUGGAAAAAAUUAAAAUACAGUUAUUGAAACUUUCAAAUAAAAGAUGUGAGCAAAAUUUAGCUGCCAAAACCUGUAACAAAAAGAGGAUACAGUAGGAGAAAUAAAGUUAGUUGAAACUUGCAAGAGAGCUGGCUUGAAAAAAAGCUGCAAGAAACAGGUCGUGUAAAAAAGCCAUCGUUAAUAAAAAUUGUGAAAAAAGAAAGCUGUCAUAAAUAAAAGCUAUUGCGAAACAGGUUGUCAAAACCGCCAAUAAAAAUUUUCAUAAAAGAAGCUGUAAUUAAAAAUUAUAAAAAAAAUUACCGAAAUAAAUUUGUCAAAGAAUACAAACGCUAGAAAUACAUUGUACGAGAUACAGAAGUGUCAUCUAACAGCAAUUGCAAAAUAUAUAAAAAUGAAAAAAUA